GCAGGUGAUAAAAGGAGACGCCGGCUGUUCUCUCCCAGCUUAAAGAAGACCCGGAUAGAGAGUGAGAGAGAUAAACAGAGUCGGCAGGGAUUCACCACCACCGAGGGAAAAUCAGAAUGAAAGUGCCUCUGUACCACUGACGAGCAGAACUGGAAUGAUAUCGUGACCCUUUUUCCUGGAAGUGACCAAGUUAACGAUGAGCGGGGGGAUAUAAUGGCCAAGAACAAGGAUGCGCGCCCCCCGACAUUCGCCGUCAGUGUGGUUGGCCUUUCGGGGACGGAGAAAGAGAAGGGAAACUGUGGCGUGGGCAAGUCCUGCCUCUGCAACCGAUACGUGCGUCCUGACGCGGACGGCUACUAUUCGGAGCACACCUCGGUGCUGAGCACGAUAGAUUUCGGGGGGCGAGUGGUUAACAAUGACCACUUCCUGUUCUGGGGGGAUGUGUCCCAUCGAGGGGACGAUGGGUUGGACUGUAAAAUCCAAAUCAUCGAACAAACAGAGUUCAUUGACGACCAGACGUUUCUUCCGCAUCGGAGUACGAACCUGCAGCCGUACACCAAGCGGGCGGCGGCCACCAAGCUCCAGUCGGCAGAGAAGCUCAUGUACAUCUGCACGGACCAGCUGGGCUUGGAGCAGGACUUUGACCAGAAGCAGAUGCCCGAUGGGAAGCUGAACAUCGAUGGCUUUCUGCUGUGCAUUGACGUUAGCAAGGGUUGCAACAGGAAGUUCGACGACCAAAUGAAGUUCGUCAACAGCCUCUACUCCCAAAUCGUCAAGUCGAAGAAGCCUAUCGUCGUCGCUGCCACAAAAUGCGACGAGUGUGUGGACCAGCACCUGAGGGACCUGCAGGCCUUCGUUGCCAGCAAGAAGAACCUGCUGCUAAUUGAAACGUCGGCACGCGCCAACGUCAAUGUGGAGCUGAGCUUCAACGCCCUCAUCCAGCAGCUGGACAAAACAAGGGGGAAGCCAAAAACUGUGCCAUACCUGGAGGCCUAUAAGAUCCAACGGCAGCUCGUUGCAUCAGUAACAGAUAGAUUUGAGAAGCUGAUGUUGCACACGCUGAGAGAUUACCACACCACGUGGAAAACGGUGGUCAAUAAUCUGAAGGGCCAACCAGACUACGACGACUUCAUCACCCUGGAGGGAACCAGGAAAGCACGCAACAUGUUCACAAAGCACAUUGCACAACUGAAGCAGGAGCACAUCAAGAGGAGGAGGGAGGAGUACCUGACCACGCUGCCCAAAACCCUCAACAACCUCCUCAAUAACCUGGAGGAGGUUGAACACCUCUCGUGGCCCGAGGCACAGAGCGUAAUCCGGAACCGGCACGACUUCCAGUACUGGUUUGUGGUUCUGGAGCGUACGCCGUGGAACGAGACGGACCACAUCGACAACAGCGACCGCAGGAUACCCUUUGACCUUCUCGAUACGCCCGACGGUGAGAGGAUUUACCAUAACCACGUCCAGCACCUGCUGUCUGAGAAGAGGAGGGUGGAGAUGAAAGACCGGUUCAAGAAGACGCUGGAGAGGGUUCAUUUUAUCAGUGCGGGGCAGCCUUGGGAGGAAGUCAUGUGCUUUGUCAUGGAGGACGAGGCCUAUAAGUACAUCACAGAAUCAGAUAGGAGGGAUGUUUAUUGUAGACACCAGCAGGAAAUAGUUGAAAGGGCCAAAGAGGAUUUUCAGGAAAUGCUUUUCGAGCAUGCUGAGCUCUUCUAUGACUUGGAUCUGAACGCCACCCCCAGCUGCGAUAAGAUGAGCGAAAUUCACAGCGUGCUCAACGAGGAGCCCAGAUACAGAGCGCUGCAGAAACUUGCCCCAGAUAGAGAGUCGCUCCUCCUCAAACACAUUGGGUUUGUUUACCAUCCCACUAAGGAGACGUGCCUGAGCGGGCAGAACUGUGUGGAUCUGAAAGUGGAGCAGGUUUUAGCGAACAGGCUGGUGCAGCUCGACCACGGACGCUCUAAUCUCUACUAUAACAGUGCCAACAUCGAUAAGAUCAACCUCUGCCUCCUGGGAAGGGAGGGUCUCUCACAGGAACUCGCCAAUGAGAUCCGAGCUCAGUCCACAGACGACGAGUACACCCUGGACGGUAAAAUCUAUGAACUGGAGCUUCUUCCCGUGGACGUCAACUCCACGCUGCUCUUCAGCCACACAUGGGUCAACACGUUCAAACCACACGGCUGCUUUUGUGUGUUCAACUCCAUAGAGUCCCUCAACUGUGUCGGAGAUUGCAUAGGCAGGAUCAGAGCGGAGAUCGCACAGAGUCGGAGAGAUCGGUUUGCUCAGCCGCUGCCAUUCAUUCUCAUCCUGGCAAAUCAGAGGGACAGUGUUUGCAAAAAUAUACCAAUCCUGAGGCACCAGGGCCAACAGCUGGCAAACAAGUUGCAGUGCACCUUCGUCGACAUCCCCACCGGGGCUUUUCCUCGUAAAUUCACAGAGUUCCAGAUUAAGCAGGGCCUCCGAGCAGUGCUGGAGGGGCUGAAGCAUAACUUUGAUGUCUUGGCCCCACUGCCGUCUAUCAAAGACAUGUCAGAGACAGACCUUAGGAUAGUCAUGUGCGCCAUGUGCUGGGAUCCCUUCAGCGUUGACCUCAUCCUCUCGCCUUUCCUAGACUCGCACUGCUGCAGCGCGGGGCAGCCAGGCCAGAGUAACACACUUAUACUGGACAAGAUCAUUGGGGACAGCAGGAGGAGGAUCCAGGUCACCGUCCUCUCCUACCACUCUGCUAUCGGGGUCCGCAAAGAUGAACUGGUGCACGGAUACAUUUUGGUCUACUCUGCCAAGCGCAAGGCUUCUAUGGCAACCCUGCGGGCGUUCUUGGCCGAAGUCCAAGACGUGAUCCCCGUCCAGAUGGUGGCGAUCACAGACAGCCAGGCAGACUUCUUUGAGAACGAUGCCAUCAAGGAGUUGAUGACGGAGGGCGAGCACAUCGCCACAGAGAUUGCCGCCAAGUUCACAGCACUGUACUCGCUGUCACAGUAUCACCGUCAGACCGAGGUUUUUACACCCUUCUUCAAUGAAGUGCUCGAGAAAAAGCCGAACAUUGAGAGUUCCUUCCUGUUCGACAGCUCGUCGCGGGAGUGCACGACCGGUGCCAGUGAAGACGUCUUCCCCACUUCGCCACAUAGCCAUUCCCCAGCCUACAACACCUAUUACCCAGAAUCUGAUGACGAUAACGAGGCCCCCCCACCUUACAGUCCAAUAGGUGAUGACGUUCAGCUUCUCCCCACACCCAGCGAGCGGGCCAAGUACCGGAUCGACCUGGAAGGCAAUGAGUACCCGGUCCACAGCACGCCCGUUGGAGACCACGAACGCAACCACAAAGUGCCUCCACCUGUCCGGCCCAAACCAGUGCUCCCCAAGCCCAAUGUUAAAAAGCUGGACCCCAACCUGCUCAAAACCAUCGAGGCAGGCAUGAGAAGCAAUCGUAGAACGCCACGUGGCCCGAUGAGUCACGCCGAGGACGUGGAGGCGUCGGACAACUAUGCAGACCCUGUGGACACCUUGCUGAGGUCCAGGGGCUUCCACAACGAUGACAUAUACGCUGUGCCUGAUGACACGCACAGCCGCCUGGUCAAAAUAAGGAACUCCUUUGGCGGGCUGCAUGGCCUCCACGGAGGAGAGGAAGAGAAUGGCUUUGACAGGAAGUCUCAGGCUGGACGGCGGCCGUCCAAAUACAAACAUCGCUCUAAAAUCUUGUUCAGCAAGACGAAGGCUUACCAAAGACGAUUUCACUCUGACAGCGACGGGGAGGAGUCUGGCCCUGCCACACAGAAAAAGAAGAAGGGAAGAGCCCACCGGGGCAGCGAGGAGGACCCACUGCUGUCCCCUGCCGACCCCUGGAAGACUGGGAUAGAUAACCCCGCCAUCACCUCCGACCCUGAGCAGGAGGACAAGAAGAUGAAGAAGAAGAAGACGCCCAAGACGCCAAAGGAACCGAAGAAGCCGAAAUCUUCCAAGCCCCCCAAGCCUCUGUACCCCCCCACCCGGAGAACCUGGGAGAGCAACUACUUUGGCGUUCCCCUGCAGAACCUGGUGACCCUGGACCGACCCAUCCCGCUCUUCAUCGAAAAGUGUGUCGACUACAUCGAGCGCACAGGUCUGACGACAGAAGGCCUGUAUCGCGUCAGUGGGAACAAGACGGACCAGGACAACAUCCAGAAACAGUUUGAUCAAGAUCACAGCAUCGACUUUGUGGUGAUGGACGUGGCGGUGAACGCUGCCGCCGGAGCGCUGAAGGCUUUCUUUGCCGACCUGCCCGACCCUCUGAUCCCCUACAGUCUGCACCCGGAGCUGGUGGAGGCCGCAAAAAUCGUGGACUACAUGGAGCGUCUGCAGGUCUUGCGGGAGAUCGUGAAGAAGUUUCCUUCUGUCAACUACCAGGUCUUCAAAUACAUCAUCACACACCUCAACAGGGUGAGUCAGCACAGUAAGACCACCCUGAUGACGGCCGACAACCUGUCCAUCUGCUUCUGGCCCACGCUGAUGAGGCCCGACUUCGAGAACAAGGACACGCUGUCCACCACCAAGCUGAACCAGGCCGUCAUCGAGUCCUUCAUCGUGCAGAGCGACUACUUCUUCCACGGCGGCGAGGUGGCCGAGAGCUCCAGCAGCGAGGGCACGCCGCCGCCGCACUGCCACAACAUGGUGGAGGCUCUGCUCCCGCUGCAGCUGCCCCCGCCCCUGCAGCCGCAGCAGAUCCAGCACACCCUGCACCCCGACCCGCUCAUCUAAGAGCCACAGGAGCAUGCUGGGAAAUGAAGCCUGGUGUCGAUUGAGGCGCUCUCGGCCAGCAAUCGCCCGGAGGUCGUCUUUCUGCUCUACAAAACGCCGGUCGGCGGUUCAAAUAAAACAUAAAAUAGGUGAAUUUUGAGGAAUCAGCAGCUGCUGUUUGUUAUGGACUUUGAGGUGAAUGAGCUUUGGGUUUUAGAGACACAUCGACCGUUUGUUGGAUUAAAUCUAAUCUGUGAGAUCGGCUCAUCCCGCGAGGUAAAUCCUGGAUUAGAGAAUUACAAUCGAACGUCACCUUUUGGAACUAAUUUUUGGAUCUGACUGCCCCCUUUUUAUGAAACGCAGACUGAAAACAGUCGAUGAAUGAAUGAUUUGAUUUGGCACAUAACACUAAUCGCUUAGCAGGGUCUGACUUCUGGGCCACGUUUGGGGCAAAUAAAGAUUACCCUCCUCCUACUUCUCCCUGAUGGAAUAGCACACUGUGGUCCCGAGCAAGUCCGCUGAUAAAAACCUGGCCGCCUUCUUCCGGCUCCGAUCCUGGAGAACGGGGGAAGUUCUCACUCAUCGAGUCCCCACGACUGCAACUCAAAUACAAAAACACCCGAUACCGACUGACUGACUCCAUAUUUGACUGACUGUUUCCCGACUGUUUGCAGGAUUUCACAGAGUCUUCCUGCAGAUCUCCACUCGGCACAGGAAAACAUUUAUUCUCCUUCUUCUUUUGUUGCCCUUCGACCCAGAACCGGUCAGUAGGAGGAGGCGAGGGAACGCCAGACAGACGCUGGACUCCUCGCAAGAAAUAUAAGAAAUUGUGGAUUAUUUUUGGUUUCGGGGAGGUGUUUUGGAGGGAAGCUCUGGUUCUAAAUACUAAAGGACUUAAUGAAACAACCCCUACCCACUACAUGAACUUUGACCCCCCCUUAAAGGACAGCACAUGCACGAUUUGUGUCCAAGGUCCCACAUGCCAAUUUCAUGUCUGUUUGCGUAGUUUAUGUUUUUAUGUUGUUGUUUUUUUAUUAUGUUUUUGUAUGGUCUGAUUUCUACCCAGUUUGUGUGUUUGGUGUGUGUGACGGCGAUGAUGUGUGUGAUCUGUGUGAACUGACCUGCGGUCUGUGCUGCAGCCAGUUCGUUCUGGGAUUCAGGAGGGAAAAAGGAAUUCAAACCGCGGACUGGCGGACUCUCCGCGCGAGAGAAUCGGACUUUACGGACUUCACUGCGAACCUUCAGCCUAACUCGUCUCGUCUCUUUAGAGCCUCUAACUCUCAAUGCAACGACCGACGCCCCUCCACCCGCUGGGACGACCCCCCCCACACACACACACACACCCUCGACCCCCUCGACGACGGCACACGAGCGAGGAAACCACUACGUCGCGAUGCAUUCUGGAUCCGUUCGGUUUCGAGGAGGCGUCUUCCGCUUCCCGCUUUGUCAUUUCUAUUUUUUUUUAUUUGUUCUGUUGGUUUGUUGGAAACUAAAAUUUGCAUGUCUCUGUUUUGCCACUUAGUGAAAAAAAAAAGGAACAUUUAAAGUUAAAAAAAAAAAUGAAAUGAAACACUUUGAAACUCUAAUGGAGCUCUUGUUCAGAUCCGCAGCGUCUUAUCUGAAUCUUCUUUUGGUUUAAGGGGAACAUUUCCACAGAAAA